UUGAUUUUUGUAGAACCAAUAACAACUUAUCAUUAUGAGCAAUUUCUUUCUGGAAGCUUUUUUGAGCAGACAUUCUCAAAGAUACGAUGCAUCGGCGCUGGUUCAUUUGGUCAGGUUUUCAAAGCAUUAAGUAAAGAUGAUGGCCGUUGGUACGCGGUGAAAAUAUCUGUUGAGCCAUUUCGAUGCUCGCGAGAUCGGAGACAUAAAUUGAAGGAAGUUGAGAUACAUGAGCUGCUUCCAAAACAUCCAAAUCUUGUAUCAUUUGUUAGAGCCUGGGAAGAAUUUAAUUUUUUAUACAUACAAACAGAACUUUGUAUGUGCAGUUUAGCAAGCUAUCAACUAAAAGUCAAAGUUAUUCCCGAAGAAAAAUUGUGGUUGUUUUUUGCAGAUAUCGCCAUGGCAAUACAAUUUCUGCACAGCCAUGAACUAAUUCAUCUAGAUAUUAAGCCAGCAAAUGUUAUGGUCUCUUUUGAUGGUAUUUGCAAACUUGGUGAUUUUUCACUAAUUCUGGACAUUGUAAAGAUGACAGAAGGUGAUGCAAAGUAUUUGGCAGUUGAAGCUUUACAAGGAAACCCAGGAAAGUUCAGUGAUAUCUUCUCUUUUGGUAUGACUAUGAUCGACGUUUGCACUGAUAAUGUUUUGCCUUCAUCAGGAGAUUCAUGGCAUGAAUUUCGAUACGGCCAUUUUUUUUCAGAUAUUCCACCUCUAAUGUUGGAAAUUAUUUUGCGUCUGAUAGACGCUAAUCCGUUGGCUAGACUAACUGCUGAGCAAAUAUGUGCUAUUCCGACAGUAGCAAGUUGCAUACAAAAACGUCAGGUAUAUUUGAUUCGUUUUUGGAGUUAA